AUGAAACAGAUGAAGCCCACGAUGUUGACCUUCAGCGAACACAAGGUCCAACGAGUCUUGGACUCGCUCAGAGACCUGAACCCCACAGAAUUCGGCGACUUUCAACAAGUACUGCAAAACUACGAGCCGGAGAAGAGGAAUGACGAGUGCGGUUUCCUCAAACUCCCUGCCGAGAUCCGAAAUCGCAUCUACCACUACGUCGCCGAGGAUGCACAUGCUGCAUUUGUUGUUCCCAAGAAUAUUUCGGCUACUGAGGACACAAAGCUUGCUCUAACCCUGCGAGACAAGGAUGGCAAGAAGGUGCGACCAGGCCUUCUCGGCACCUGCCGCCAGAUCUUCAAGGAGUUCCAUGGCAUAUUCUACAGCGCAGACCACAUCAAAGCAUGGGUCUGGUGA